AUGCAAGAAUGGCAUUCAUAUAAUAGGCAAGCAUAUGAAUUUCUUGCAGAAAAAGUACGAAAGAUGAUUCCUUGUGCGAACCUUUCAUUCAAUCUAUAUUUUUUUCUUUUCAUUAUAUCUACAUAUUUUCUGUAUUUAUUUUUUCAUUCAUUUUUCUUUCUAUCAACCUAUCAAUCUAUUUUUCUAUUCUUAUCUCUAUGUUUUCUAUCUAUCUAUCUAUCUAUUUUUAUUUAUCUAAUUUUUCUUUCUUUCUAUCAACCUAUCUAUUUUUCUAUUCUUAUCUCAAUAUUUUCUAUCUAUCUAUCUAUCUAUCUAUCUAUCUAUCUAUCUAUCUAUCUAUCUAUCUAUCUAUCUCUCUUUCUAGUUUUCCUUCAUUCUAAAAUCUACCUGUUUUUCAUUCUUUCUAUUUUCUUUCUUUCAUUCUAUCAAUCUAUGAAUUUUUCCUACUUUCUAUGUCUAUAUCUUUCUUUCCUUCAUUCUAUCUCCCCAUUUACUGUCAUUUUCUCUCUAUAUAUCUAUAUUUUCUUUCUUUCUUUCUUUCUUUCUUUCUUUCUUUCUUUCUAUCUAUCUAUCUAUUUUUCUUUCUUCUUUUUCUAUCUAUCUAUCUAUCUAUCUAUCUAUCUAUCUAUCUAUCUAUCUCUUUGUCUGUCUAUCUUAUCGGUUCUUAAACUUUUUUUUUAA